GUUUCAGCUUUCAAUAAUAAGGACAUGAGGCCAGUUGGCCUGUUUUAAUCCUUGCAGGAGAUGUUUACGAAGAUGCAGUUUCUCAUUGAACGAUUUGACCAAAAGUGCUGCCACUGCUUGCUGACUUAAUUAUGACAGCAAGAACUGGAGUUCCUCAAGGAGUUCUAGAUCCAGAUUCGGAUUCGAAUUUGUUUUUUGAGGAUAGAAGAUUAUCUCUGUGUUUGUCCAAUCCCCUUUUGAACAAGUCAAUUGAUGAUGCGGACACCUCUUCUUCUGAGAAUGUUGAAACUAAAGGAAAUAUUAUAAUAGAUGCAUGGCCAGCACAUGCCAAUAGCAGACGAAGAUCUACUAAUCGAAUACAUGUUUCAUCAGAUGGACAUAUUGCUAGACAAACACCAGAACAAUCAAAGAUACCACCAGUGAAAAAACCAAGAUUCUUAGAAAUGCUAGAAUCACGUAUCAAUAGAGAGAAAACGAAAUUUCACGUUACAGACGGUGAACCGAAUCCUUUACGAUUACAGAUAUAUCGUGAAAUAUUUACAAUCUUUAUACAAGCAUGCGCGUAUUAUGGACCAUUAUUGGCAGAAAUUAAAGCUGAAUAUGAGUUGUAUUUAGUACACAUACAGAAUAAAUUGAAAAAACUAUUACCAGUUAGGGAAUUGAUAUGGACAGUUUCACAAGAAUGUGAAGAUCGUGUCAGUGCAAUACGAAGAUGUGAAAAUAAAGAUAUAAAAGCAUUGAAAAUGGAAAAAAAUGAGCUUCAAUCCCAAAUUACAUGCUUACAACAAAAUACUACUUCACUAAAAUGUGAGAUUGAUCACUUAACUAGUGAAUUAGAGAAGAAAGAAAAUGAAUGGAGAAUGGAAUUCGAUGGAAGAAAAUUACUAAUUACUGAAGUGAAUGAACUAACUUCAAGAUUAAAAGAAAUGGAAAUGCUUGCUAGAGCUGAAGUAGUUGAUGAUAAAGAAGAUCCAAUAAAAUUGAGAAUAGCACUCGAUCAAGCGUAUAAAACUAUCAGUGGUUUACAAGCACGUCUAAUAGAAUAUGAAACUCAAUAUGAAUCACAAGUACCACUAACAAAAUAUGACGAUGUAAAGAAUAAUUUACUUGAAAAAGUUGAAGAAACAACUAAACUAAGAGAGGAACUAGAAAGUAUACAAAAUCGUUAUGACUUAUUACAAGAACAUUGUAUUUCACUGAAUACAUAUCGUGAUCUUUAUUACAUACAAGUUACACAUGCUACACGUGUUGUUGGAUCAAAAAGUGAUCCAAGUCGGAAAAUUGAUUAUCUUAAUUCCUUAUUUAAUAAAUGGCGUCGAUUGUUAAACGAUAAACUAUGGCCUGACUUUCAACGUCUUGUUAAUGAUGAAAUGGUACGCAUAGAGAAGAGACAGACACCAGUUGCGUUACGUUCAAGAAUGCCAAAAACACGUUCAGUAGGUGCAGCUGCAACAACGACCACUGAUGCAUCUGGUUCACCACAACUACGAGACUUGUUGCACAACAAGGAUAUAAGCUGAAGUUAUAGGCCAAAAAAGCACGAAAGAAGGAGAGAAAGAGAGAGGAAACAAGGACAACAAGAAACUAGAUAGUGGUUGGGCUUUUUUUUCUGAUUGUGAGCAAACUAACUAACAUAAAAAUGCAGCCACUCUCCACUUGUUUUUUCUUCUACUUAACCCCUGUAGAGAAACAGACAGAAUGCAGAAACAAACAAAACAUUUUAGAGUUCAGUCAAUGUAUGAAUACAAGAUGAAGCAAAAAAUGUAUUCAGUUUUUAUUUUCAUUUUAAAAUUACAUCAUGACUCAUUUCUGAA